UGUCCACCAUGCCUGAAUUGGAGCGCUUGGGUGCACCCAGGCCCCAGGCCAACCCUGGCCAGAUCCAGAGGAAUAUCCUGGAGGAACACGUGGAGCUGUGGUGGUUCCAGGAGCCCAGAAAGUCUUUGGUUUGCUACGGGGUGGCUGUGGCCCUGAUCUUGGCCUGCGGGGUGGGGGGCAUUGCCAUGCUCUACAGCACCAGCAGCCGCUCUGGAGAGUGGAGGCUGGCGGUGGGCACCACGCUCUGCCUGCUGGCACUCUUGGUCCUGCUGAAGCAGCUGCUGAGCUCCGCCAUCCAGGACAUGAACUGCAUCCGCAGCCGGGAGCAGGUGGAGCUGCUGAAGAGCGGCGGCGCCUCCGACUGCGCCGUGCUGCUGGUGACGGCCCUGGUGCUGCUGGUGUGCGGCACGGUCCUCACAGCGCUUUCCUCCACCGGCGGCGGUGCCAGCAGCCCCACUCCUCCACGCCCCUUUGCCAGCAUGUUCAUCAGUGGCAUUGUGCUCACAGCCUCUGGGGGCAUCCUCCUGCUCAGCCUCCUCCUGUACUGGAUGUGGACUUCCUGCUGUCCGGCUGCACCUCGGACCCAGGACGCUGGCAACCGCAGUUCCUUCUUCACCAUAUCGGGACGCGUGGCGGCCGACCCGUGGAUCCCUGCGACCUCCAGCAUGGCAAAUCUUAUUUAA